UGGCGAGAAAAAGGCUAAGAAAUCGAAGAAGAGGAAAAGUCCUGAGGAGGUGAAGGAGGUGCCUGAGAAUGAGGGGAAGGCUGAGGAAUCCAAGGAAUCGAAGAGUAGAAAGUCGAAGAGGUCGAAGAUAUCUACGCCGGCAGAGGUCGAAAUGGCUGGGCUAAGUGUGGUUUCCGGGACAGAGGAGCCUGUUGCGGAAAAGAAGGAGGAGGAGAAGGCGAAGGAAGAAAACAAGGAGAAGGAGAAGAAGGAAAAGAAGGCAAAGAAGGAGAAGAAGGGGAAGGAAGAGAAUGAAAACAAGGGAAAGGAAGAAAAAGAUGAAGGGAAGGAGAAAAAGAAGAAAGAGAAGAAGGAAAAGAAACACAAGUCUGAACCUGCCUCUCAACUCGAACCCAAAUCCGAGUCUGAAUCUGCAGACCAGGUAGGCCUGGCCGACAAAAAGAAGCUAAAGAAGGAAAAGAAGGAGAAGAAAGAAAACAAGGAGAAAGAGGAGGAGAAGGAGAAAGGGGAGGAGAAGGAAACCAAGGAGGAGAAGGAAAAGGAGGAGAAAGAGGAACACAAGGACAAAGAGGAGAAGAAGGAGAAGCAAGAUAAGAAAAAGAAGGAGAAGAAAGGCAAAAAAGAAAAUGAGGAAGGCCAGGACGGGCAGGAAGAGAAGGAGAAGAGGGAGAAGAAGAAGAAGGAAAAGAAGGAAAAGAAAGACAAAUCCGAAGCUGCCUCUCAACCCGAACCCGAACCUGAGCCUAAAUCUGAAGACCAAGUGGAUCUGGCUGAGAAAAAGAAGCCAAAGAAGGAGAAGAAAGAAAAAAAGCAACGAGAGAAAUCAGAAGCGUCUGGCGAAGCAGCUGGUAGUGACGAGGGUUCUUCGAAGAAGCGCAAACGGUCAAAAGAUCAAGACGAAGCCGAACCCGCUGAGAACAGCAAGCCCGAGAAGUCGCACAAGAAGAACAAGGUCGAGAAGCAAGAGCCAGCAAGCAGUAGCCGUACCAAUGGCGGAGAACAAUGGAACCCAGAUGCAUUAACAGGUGAUGCGGCCCGGAAGGAGAAGUUCCUUCGCCUCUUGGGAGCAGGGAAGUCAAACGCAAAGCCCGUCUCCACGCAUACGUCGCAUACGAGCGUCGCGGAUAUUUCGAGGGUGCAGAGCGAGUUGGAGAGACAGUACGAAGCGGGUAUGAAGAUGAAGCAUGAUGGGGGAAGCAAGAGAAGAGGCCUUGGAGCCUAGAAGUCCCUGUAUGAAAACCGCCCAAAAGUCUUGUCUGUAGAUAUCCCGGUUGGAGUUAAUUACCCAUUUGUAUUGGAUAUAGAUGUAUCUGAAAGAGCCCCAUGAACUCCCUGGAAUUUCGCCUGUUUCCCGUGUCGACGCUCCUUUUAUAUAUAUAAUGUACUGUACACCCGGCCUGUCUACAAUAGACAUGACAUGCCGGGUCUUCUU